GUCAGCUUCAAGUGGAAUCAAACCGCAUAGUAUUAACGGCUCCACCGUACUGUACAUAGAAGUAUGCGCAAAACGCGAAGCCUUUGCGUGCUGUUUUCAUUUUAUUGAUCAGCUGUCUCACUUAACCGGUAAAUAGCGCCGGUCCUCGUACGGUUUGCUUAAGCAGAACAGUAAAAGCGCCCCUAGCUGCUUGUUUCAUGGUAGAAGACCGAUUAUUAAUGAUUCAAAGAGCAGCCGUUUUCUGCGAGAUGUGGCAAAAUAGUCGGAAAAACUGAACCCUCGACUGACAGAUUUUCCCUCCCGACGCCGGAUGUUUUUGUUGCGUAUGGCGGAUACGAGCGGUGUUUCUGUACUGUUUACAUAAACUAACACAAAUUUUGUUGAGACUUUCCUUCCGCUGUUACGGAAAUUCCCGAUUAUGUUUUGCGAUCACAUGUUAUGAAGGGGGAAUGUUUCUGUAGCUGAACAGGUACUGUACCGAUUUUUCUCAUGUAUCCUGUUUUUCCCUCCUCGCCCACUGGGCUUCCGCCCACGCAGUAUAAUAUGGAUGAUUUCCCGGGAGCAAGGAAAUCCGUCAUCGUCCACGCCGGAGCGGCACGUGACGCUUUUCCAUUUCAGUCGCAUAGUGCCAGGAACUUUGAUGGCCUGAAACCGGUUCCCAGAACGUUUGAUGGAUAUCUGCCACAAUCUCCACAAGAAUCUUGCAACCCAGCGCCGGUAUUCAAGCACCCACUUCCGGUGCCACCGGUGACCUUUCAUAAACAGUAUAAUGCCAGUGUUCGUAAGCGAGCCAUGAUAAAUCAUGUGGAAGAACCUUCAAAAAGUCCUGCAGCGUCUAAUUUGCCCAAGCGGAUUCCGUCGCAUGCGGCAACCGUACCAGAGACCGCCCUCUCCAGGAACGGGUACUUGCAGAAUAUUAAGCACAUUGAGUGCAUCAAGCAACACCCUCAUCUUUAUCCUCUGUUGUACAAUAAACCGGUACCUCGUGGAAAGUGCCCGCGAAGCGCAUUCUCCUUCCGGCGAACAGAGAAGAAAACGGUUCCGAAGAAACGCAACGCUCCUAAGAAACUCUCGGAUGGAGAAGAAGCCAAAGACGAUGAUGAUUCCGUUAUUAUUAUUGGUGCAACACACCAUACCACCCCGAAUAAUUUCUUGCCAAACCAAUGGAUCGGCUAUAAAGAAUUAUGGAGCAAUUUGUCAAAGGUCAUCCAACAGCAGUACAGCACGGUUUUCCGUGGCCAAGCCAGCAAUCAAAGCAACGAAGACAAACGAUUCCUGGAAAGACAAAACGGGCAAAAUUCCUCGUUGCUAAACAGGUUGAAUGACGUACAUCGGGGAAAAAUGCCAGCAGAUCCGCAAAUAUUUCCUGGUAAAUCCACCGGAAACAUUAAUGCCAUACCCCUGAAGCAUGAUGCGGCGAUCAGUAGUCGGUUCUCUCAGGUAUCUGUCAUCAGACGAAGUCAGCCGGUCUUAAUGAGAGACACCGUGUAUCGCGUAGCGAACCCCGUUACUGCACCGCAAAGUCAAGAGGGACAGGCCGCGCCAUCCGAGACCUGUAAUCACCGGGUAGAAUCGCCGAGCGUCAGAACAAAUACUGUGGGCGAAACGUGUGGGAAAGACCAGUUUCAUGUGUCCGCGUUGGUGGAAGACUGGAUGGAAGCGCAUGUUUAUCAACCAGGUGAGAGUGAAAAGUCGCCACUUCCUGCUACGGAUACGGCUGACGAAAUUCGCGCCAGCCCCAACGACAAUGCGGCCAUGGCUGCAGCAUUAUUUGUGGCAGAAUCCCGUAAUCGGAGGCUGCUGUCGGAUGACUUUCUCUCUAACCCAUCACGACAGUUUAGCGUAGAAGACAGGCUUGACGAGGAAGGUGGCCAAAAACUAUCAGGAAGCGCCAGCGACAAUGAUGAGACCUUUGUCAAUCCCGCCCACGUCAAUGCCGAUCCAAGGGACGUCCCGGAUGACCUGGAUCCGGUGGACCGAGAAGAAACCCUGCGUGAUGACCUUGAAUAUUCCCCGGAGACUUGCCCGUCGCCCGAGCCCACAACUGCCGUUGUCGCGCUGAAGGAUCUGUGUUAUUAUGUGACACCGGCCUCGCCAGAGUUGUGGUUAAAGAGCAGGAAGCGUGUUUCAUUUGCCCUGGAUGACUGCUCAUGGGAGAAGGAGGAGUCAUUCGAGCCGUUAUUUAAGAGAACAAAACAAUACUUGUACCGGGACGCCUUGAAGUUUUAUCCCAACUCCGAGUUUUCUCCGAUCUCUCCGUACGUGUCAUCGGAAAUUGCUCAUCAUCUGCGACAAUCGUUCCAAGAGGAUGUUGAUUAUGUGCGAGUUAAAUCUUAAGUUCCGCGUGCUCAUCGGUUUAUUGUGUAAAUCUCAAUGUGAGAUUAUUUUUGUACUUUAUACAAAAAUUGCAGCGCUUAAUUCUGUGAUCUGCAAAACUACCAUGCAGCACUUUGUACAAUACUUUUACCUGAUCGUACUGUAUAAAGUACAACAGGUUGGUACACAACGUCGACAGACAAUUUCCAGUUUACGUUUUACGACAUACGAUUGCUGAUCUUAAAUUAAAACA